AAUUCUCUCUAAUUCAUAACAAGUACAUACCAAUUGUGUAAUUUUUUUUUUUAAAAAAAACAAUGAAGCGUAGAUGGAAAAGUAACCAUUUGUUUCUUCUUCCAUGCUUUGUUUUGCUUUGGUUAUUCAACGUUCACCUCCCAUCACAUGCUGCAGACACUCUCACAGCUGGUGAAAUCAUGAGAGACUGGCAAUUCUUGGAGUCUCCAAACAAAAUAUUUCGUUUACUGUUCUUUGUUCCUACUUUAUCAAAUAAGCGUUAUUUGGGUAUUCAGCACAUGUUGUACCCUUUUGAUGCGAAGUUUGUUUGGGUCGCCAACCGAGAAAAACCCUUGAUGGAUACCUCUGGAUAUGUAAAUAUAAAUAUAGAAGGGAACUUGGUGAUGAAUAGCAACAACACAACUUCCUUCAUUAUAAACUCUAGCAAACCAGCCACCAGUUCUUCUAAUACGAGUCUCAAACUACUCGACUCUGGAAACUUGGUUCUGAAAGCAGGAGAAGAAAUCGUGUGGCAAAGUUUCGAUUAUCCAUCGGAUACGAUUCUACCAGGAAUGAAAUUUGGCCUUUUUGAUUUGAAGCUUAAGGAGCCUAGAAACAUAAGCUUCAAUUCAUGGCAAGGCAUAGGGUCUCCAUAUGGAGGAGCCUUCACUCUUGGUGUCGAUCCAAACAACACUCAACAACUUAUGAUAUGGCAAAGAGGGCUUCCCUACUGGCGCAGCGGAAACUGGAAUGGGAAGAAUUUUAGCUACUUCCCCAAUUCGUAUUAUGAUGACACCAAUAACAUCUUUAAGUUUGACUAUAUUUCGAAUGAAAAGGAGAGCUACUUUACCUAUACUACUCUGACUCCAUAUAACAAUUCAUAUAUUGAAAUGAAUUCUACUGGGGGCGUUUCUUUCUAUAUUGCUAAACCUGAUGCUGCGUCAAUUAGCUAUGGUUCAGCAUGUAAUGACAUGUCUUUCGGUUCCAAAGGAUGUAUAAAGCAAAAUCAUACGGCAUGUAGCAGUGGCGAAGAUUAUUUUUAUAUGCCUAGGUCUGGGCAUAUGGACUCGUGGGACUAUCCGGAAGAUUUCAGUCUCCUGGGUCUUGACGACUGUAGAGCGAUAUGCAGUAAGAACUGUAAAUGUACAGCCUAUAUGUCUGCAACACCCGAUGGAACAGGUUGUUCAUUUUCUUAUGGAAAAUACGUAGCUGAAUCAUUCUGGGAAACUUUUUACGUUCGGGAUAGCGCCUAUGACGCAGUAGAUGAUACAACCAAAAAUGCCACCAGAGUUGCACCAAAGAAGUCAGAAAAGAAAUUCAAAAGAAACACCCCUGCUCCUAUCCUCAAAGGUGGAACUCCAAGAAAGAGGAAGAACAAAAAUAUGAUUGUAAUCCCUUUGGUUUCCAUAGCUGUUCUUACACUGGCCUGUUCAGUAGGCUAUAUAAUAUGGAAAAAGUUCUAUUCCAAAGGGAAAGGAGGAAGUAAUGGAAAGCAAGUGUGCGGAGACACAGAGAAAUAUAUACAUGAAUUAGGAACUAGUAUGGCAGCCAUUGAUAAAGGUGAUGGACAAAAUUUAUUACAUGGAAAGAUCGAUCCCGAUUUACCUUUGUUCAGUUUUUGUACAAUAGAAACAGCUACAGACUUCUUUUCUGAGGCAAAUAGACUUGGUCAAGGUGGUUUUGGGCCUGUCUAUAAGGGGGUGUUGGAUAAUGGUCAAGAAAUUGCAGUGAAAAGACUCUCAGUAGGUUCUGGACAAGGACAAGAAGAAUUCAAAACGGAAGUUGUGUUGAUCUCAAAAGUACAACACAGGAAUCUAGUUCGAUUGUUGGGUUGUUGCAUUAAAGGAGUAGAGAAGAUACUUAUUUAUGAGUAUUUGCCCAACAAAAGUUUGGAUACUUUCAUUUUUGAUGAAACUAAACGAAUCUUACUCAAUUGGAGAAUGCGUGUCAAUAUCAUCGAAGGAAUUGCUCAAGGACUUCUAUAUCUCCACAAAUAUUCUAGACUGAAAAUUAUCCAUAGAGAUUUAAAAUGCAGCAAUAUAUUGUUGGACAAUGACAUGAGUCCAAAAAUAUCAGAUUUUGGAACAGCAAAAACAUUUGGAGACAAUGAAUCUGGAGCAAACACAUGUCGAAUUGUUGGAACAUACGGUUAUAUGUCUCCUGAGUAUGCCAUGGACGGUCUUUUUUCUGUGAAAUCUGAUGUUUUCAGCUUUGGAGUAAUGAUGCUAGAAAUCAUUAGUGGAAAGAAAUGUUUAGGCUUGUAUCAUCCAAACCAAUCAAUAAACCUAGUAGGAUAUGCAUGGAAUUUGUGGAAAGAUGGACAAAGUAUUGAGCUACUAUUAGAUGCAGCAUUGGCUGAAACAUGCUCAACAACUGAACUUAAGAGGUGUGUUCAAAUAGCUCUCUUGUGUGUGCAAGAAAGUGCAUCUGACAGGCCAGCCAUGUCAGAAAUUGUGUCUAUGAUUGGCAAUGACGUGGGAAUUCUACCUGGUCCUAAACAACCGGGCUUUUAUAGUAAUUAUUCAGACACUACAGAAUCCACUAUUCUUACUUAUAACUCCAUUUCAGCCGAUACUACACUUACAAACACAUCGUAGCUUUGAAAUAACAAUUAAUAUUUGUGUAAAUUAUUUAGUAGGGCGUGGUUGUCAAGCAUUAUUGUAAAAGAUUGACGAUAAGGGAAUUAAUGUAAUAAAAGAUAAGCUAUUUUGUUCGGUGUUA